ACAACUGCACCUGAUAGUUCCUCUUGUGGCAACGUUUCUUCUUGUGUUCAUUGAUUCAUUUUUAAAGGAUGAACGGCACAGAGGGCAGCAACUUCUACAUCCCCAUGUCCAACAGGACUGGGCUGGUCAGGAGUCCCUUUGAGUACGAGCAGUACUACCUGGCUGACCCAUGGCAGUUCAAGGCUCUUGCAUUUUACAUGUUUUUACUCAUCUGUAUCGGAGGCCCCAUCAACGGGAUGACACUGUUGGUCACGGUGCUGCACAAAAAGCUUCGUCAGCCUCUCAACUUUAUUCUGGUCAACUUGGCUGUUGCUGGCAUGAUCAUGGUCUUAUUUGGAUUCACCAUCACCAUCACUUCAGCUCUUUAUGGCUACUUUGUCUUUGGACCAAUGGGUUGUGCUAUUGAAGGUUUCAUGGCUACCCUUGGAGGCCAAGUUGCCCUGUGGUCACUUGUGGUGCUGGCUAUUGAGAGAUACAUUGUUGUCUGCAAGCCCAUGGGCAGCUUCAAGUUUGGUACCAACCAUGCUGCAGCUGGAGUGGCAUUCACAUGGGUCAUGGCAUGCUCUUGUGCUGUUCCUCCUCUGGUUGGCUGGUCCAGGUACAUUCCUGAGGGAUUACAGACCUCAUGCGGACCUGACUACUACACUCUGAACCCUGAAUACAACAACGAGUCAUACGUCAUGUACAUGUUCAGCUGCCAUUUCUGUGUUCCUGUCACCAUUAUCUUCUUCACGUAUGGAAACCUGGUCUGCACAGUCAAAGCGGCUGCAGCUCAACAGCAGGACUCAGCCUCCACCCAGAAGGCAGAGAAGGAAGUGACACGCAUGUGCAUCCUGAUGGUUUUGGGAUUCCUGAUCGCCUGGACCCCUUAUGCUUCUGUUGCUGCCUGGAUUUUCUUCAACAAGGGAGCUGCUUUCAGUGCUCAGUCCAUGGCUGUCCCUGCCUUUUUCUCCAAGUCCUCAGCCUUGUUUAACCCCUUCAUCUAUGUGCUGCUCAACAAACAGUUCCGUGGGUGCAUGAUGCAGACAGUCCUUGGCAAGGCCCCAGAGGAUGAGACGUCAGUGUCCACAAGCAAGACAGAAGUGUCCUCAGUGUCUCCUGCAUAAGCUUCCUUCUUGCACCAGUUUACCUCUUCACAAACAACAGCAGCUGAUGACUCAAUGUUGAUGGAUUAAAAUAGCAAUACUGGAAAAAUGAA